UGUAAGUUCGUAGUGUGAAGUCGUUUCGUUAGUACAUGUCAAAGUUUGGCGGGAAAUUUGAUCAGUCGCCAUUAUGCAGUGACAGUGUAGUGAUGUGAAUUUUUUAUCGUUUUUUUUUUCUGUUUUAUGUUUACGGUUAUCAUUUUUAUCGGACUUUUUUUAGUUUUUGUUUUUAUUAUUAAGUUUUUUGGGAAGGGUGAAGAUUCGAAUCAAAAGAUGUCUGAACAGCAGGACCAAGCCCGCUGUUCAUCGAGUGAGAGCGACAAUUUCGAGAAAAUCGACUCAGAAGAGGCAAGGGAAAAUGGCGGUGCCGCCAACUUUGUAGUCGGUGAAGAGGAACAAGAACAUCCUGAUGAUGCACCAGCUCACGAGGGUCGGGACUCCUUCCCGAAUGCCCCUCGGCCGAACAGACCACGACCAUUGACGGUGGCGCAGCAGCUCGCUCUAGCGGAGAAGCGGAGCACUCUCAGGCCGUCUAUGUCCCAGGGUACGGUCAUCCAUAGCCAGCGUUUUCAAGAGAAGGACUUCACGGUUGCCACUCCUGAGGAGUUUGUGAGACGGUUCCAGGGCACCAAGCCUAUUAAUAAGGUUUUGAUCGCCAACAACGGUAUCGGUGCAGUGAAAUGCAUGAGAUCAAUCAGAAGAUGGUCCUACGAGAUGUUCAAGAACGAACGGGCGGUCAGAUUUGUCGUCAUGGUGACUCCCGAGGAUCUGAAGGCUAACGCGGAGUAUAUCAAGAUGGCCGACCACUAUGUCCCCGUGCCCGGGGGGUCCAACAAUAACAACUAUGCUAACGUCGAGUUGAUCGUCGAUAUUGCGAUUAGGACUCAAGUUCAGGCCGUAUGGGCAGGUUGGGGUCACGCUUCCGAGAACCCCAAGCUCCCCGAACUCCUCCAUCGUGCGGGGGUCGUGUUCAUUGGACCCCCUGAGAAGGCUAUGUGGGCUCUAGGAGAUAAGAUUGCGUCUUCCAUCGUCGCUCAAACUGCUGAGAUACCUACGUUGCCUUGGAGUGGCAGUGAAUUGAAGGCAGAGUACAACAGUAAGAAGAUCAAGAUAUCUUCCGAACUCUUCGCCAGGGGUUGUGUCACCACCCCUGAACAGGGUCUGCAAGCUGCCCAGAAGAUUGGUUUCCCGGUGAUGAUCAAGGCUUCGGAAGGUGGCGGCGGCAAGGGUAUCAGGAAAGUGGACAAUCCUGAUGAUUUCAACAGCAUGUUUAGACAGGUGCAGGCUGAAGUACCCGGGUCGCCAAUAUUUGUGAUGAAGCUCGCGAAGUCAGCUCGUCACUUGGAAGUACAACUUUUGGCUGAUCAAUACGGUAACGCAAUCUCUCUAUUCGGUCGUGACUGCUCUAUUCAGCGUCGUCAUCAGAAGAUCAUUGAAGAGGCUCCAGCAGCUAUCGCUAAGCCUGAUGUCUUUAUUGAGAUGGAAAAGGCCGCAGUACGUCUAGCGAAAAUGGUGGGCUACGUGUCAGCAGGUACGGUGGAAUACCUGUACGAGCCCGCGACAGGUGCCUAUUACUUCCUGGAGCUGAACCCCCGGCUGCAGGUGGAACAUCCCUGCACUGAGAUGGUGGCUGACGUCAACCUGCCUGCUGCGCAGUUGCAGAUCGCCAUGGGUCUGCCUCUAUACCACAUAAAAGACAUCCGUCUGCUAUACGGAGAGUCGCCGUGGGGUCUGUCUCAGAUAGAGUUCGACGAGCCCAAGCAGCGCCCGUCCCCGUGGGGUCAUGUCAUCGCUGCUAGAAUCACUUCUGAAAACCCUGAUGAAGGAUUCAAGCCAUCUUCAGGAACAGUACAGGAGCUGAACUUCAGGUCUUCGAAAAACGUGUGGGGCUACUUCAGCGUGGCAGCAUCAGGUGGUCUGCACGAGUUCGCUGACUCACAGUUCGGUCACUGCUUCUCUUGGGGCGAGACCAGGGAACAGGCUAGAGAAAACUUGGUGAUAGCUCUCAAAGAGCUCAGCAUCCGAGGUGACUUCCGUACCACUGUGGAGUAUCUGAUCACUUUACUGGAGACUGGCGCCUUCCAGAACAAUGACAUCGACACCGCCUGGCUGGACGCGCUUAUUGCUGAGAGGAUGCAAUCAGAGAAGCCGGAUAUUAUGUUGGGCGUGAUCUGCGGGUCUAUCCUCAUUGCUGACGCGUACAUCACCGCCAACUUCCAGGAGUUUAAGAGUGCACUUGAGAAGGGUCAAAUCCAAGGGUCCAGUGCCUUAUCCAACUGCGUAGAAGUGGAGCUGAUCCACUCUGGCUCCAAGUACAAGGUGUCGGCCACCAAGUCCGGCCCGACUUCCUACUUCCUCGCUAUGAACGGCAGCUUCAAGGAGAUGGAGGUGCACAAGCUUACUGAUGGCGGCAUGCUACUCUCAAUCGACGGAGCUUCCUACACCACCUAUCUUCGUGAUGAAGUGGACAAAUACAGAAUUGUCAUCGGCAACCAAACAGUAGUCUUCGAGAAAGAGAAAGAUCCUUCAAAGUUACGAGCGCCAUCUGCCGGCAAACUGAUUAAUACUCUCGUUGAAGAUGGCGGACAUGUGGAUAAGGGACAACCCUAUGCGGAGAUUGAGGUAAUGAAAAUGGUGAUGACUCUAGCUGCACCGGAAUCUGGCAAGGUGACGUGGAUCCUUCGCUCUGGUGCUGUGCUAGAUAUGGGUGCUAUGAUCGGUACACUGGAACUGGAUGACCCGUCUCUGGUGACCACCGCCGUCCCGUACAAGGGUCAGUUCCCGAUCGAGGACAAUCAGAACCUGUCGGAGAAGCUCAACCAUGCGCACAACAAGUAUAGAGCUGUGCUUGAGAAUACUUUGCAAGGUUACUGUCUCCCAGAGCCAUACAAUACUCCUCGUCUCCGAGAGGUGGUGGAGAAAUUCAUGCAGAGUCUACGUGAUCCAUCACUGCCUUUGUUAGAACUGCAAGAGGUCCUAUCAUCAACCUCCGGUCGAAUUCCGAUAGCGGUGGAAAAGAAAGUCCGCAAACUGAUGGCGUUAUACGAGAGAAACAUCACCAGUGUGCUAGCGCAGUUCCCUAGCCAACAGAUAGCUAGUGUUAUCGACCACCACGCAGCAUCUCUAGCUAAGAGGGCAGACCGAGAUGUGUUCUUCAUGAGCACACAAGCACUCGUUGUUUUGGUACAGAGAUAUAGGAAUGGCAUUCGUGGUAGAAUGAAGGCAGCUGUUCACGAUCUACUCAAGCAAUACUACCAAGUAGAGAGUAACUUCCAACUGGGGUCAUACGAUAAAUGCGUUGUGGCUCUAAGAGAUCGUCAUAAGGACGAUAUGCAAGCAGUGUCUAAUAUUAUAUUCUCUCACAACCAAGUGGCUAAGAAGAAUUUGUUGGUAACCCUACUCAUCGACCACCUCUGGUCGAACGAGCCGGGUCUCACAGAUGAAUUGGCGACUACCCUCAAUGAGUUGACUUCUCUACAUAGAGCCGAACACAGCCGAGUCGCUUUGAGAGCUAGACAGGUGCUAAUCGCAGCUCACCAACCAGCCUACGAGCUACGUCACAACCAAAUGGAGUCCAUAUUCUUAUCAGCAGUCGAUAUGUACGGACACGACUUCCACCCAGAGAAUCUGCAGAAACUCAUUCUCUCGGAGACUUCCAUUUUCGAUAUUCUGCACGACUUCUUCUAUCACACUAAUGCUGCGGUAUGCAACGCGGCUCUAGAAGUUUACGUCCGUCGUGCAUACACGUCGUACGACAUCACUUGUCUCCAACAUCUGGCUUUGUCCGGAGAGCUUGGUGUCGUGCACUUCCAGUUUAUACUGCCUACUGGACAUCCUAAUAGGAUCCCAAUCAGCCAAUCAGAGAUCGAGCUAGCCUCCGCCUCAGACCAGGAAGGCAUACCAGCAGAACUAUGUACCGCGGCGAUGCGCAAAUGCCACCACCGCACCGGCGCGCUGGCCGCCUUCGAGAGCUUCGACCAGUUCGUGCAGUACUCCGACGAGCUGCUGGACCUGGUGCACGACUUCGCCAGCUCCGCCACUGUCCGGAGAGAGGACUUGGCAGCGUUGCAGGAAGGCAGCGAGAGCAGGGACAGCACGAGCAUCAAUGUCGGCAGUGACUUCAAGCCUGCUGAUGCUGAUAAUGAGGCCCCCCUAGAACCGAUCCACAUCCUAAUGAUAGGCGUCCGCGACUCGGGCGAGUCGGACGACAGCGCGGUGUCGCGUCGCUUCGGCAACUUCUGUCGCGCGCACCGACACGAGCUGCAUCAGAAGCGAGUGCGACGCAUCACCUUCAUGCUGCUUAUCAAACGCCAAUUCCCCAAGUUCUUCACGUUCCGUGCCCGCAACGACUUCACGGAAGACACGAUCUACCGUCACUUGGAGCCAGCGUCGGCCUUCCAACUCGAGCUGUACCGCAUGAGGAGUUACGAACUCGAAGCCUUGCCUACUAGCAACCAGAAGAUGCACCUGUAUCUUGGAAAGGCUAAGGUGAAGAAGGGCCAAGAGGUGACCGACUACCGGUUCUUCAUCCGCUCCAUCAUCAGACAUCAAGAUCUCAUCACCAAAGAAGCCAGUUUCGAAUACCUGCAGAAUGAAGGAGAAAGGGUACUUCUAGAAGCCAUGGAUGAGUUAGAGGUGGCAUUCUCCCACCCUCUCGCUAAGAGGACGGAUUGUAAUCACAUCUUCCUCAAUUUCGGACCUACUGUCAUUAUGGACCCUGCUAAGAUCGAAGAAUCGGUGCUUGGUAUGGUGAUGCGUUACGGUCCUCGUCUAUGGAAACUCAGGGUCCUACAAGCUGAGAUCAGAUUUACGCUGCGUAUUGGUCCUGGAGCGCCCACGAAGAACGUUCGUCUCUGCCUGUCAAACGGUUCCGGCUAUUCUCUAGACAUCUACACUUAUGAAGAGGUUUCCGACCCUAAGAUUGGUGUGAUAAUGUUCCAAUCAUUCGGCCCCAGACAAGGUCCGAUGCACGGCCUACCAAUCUCAACGCCGUACGUCACCAAAGAUUAUCUGCAGCAGAAGAGGUUCUUGGCAACUUCACAAGGUACAACAUACGUAUAUGAUAUACCGGAUAUGUUCAGACAAAUGGUGGAGAGGAGAUGGCGCGAGUGUAUCGAAGAGGGCAGCGUUGAUGGACCACCGCCAGACAAUGUGAUGACAUCAGUGGAGCUGGUUGUGGAAGCUGAUGGUGAGAGAAGAGUUGUGGAAGUCACCAGGCUACCCGGACAGAAUAAUGUCGGCAUGGUAGCGUGGCGUCUAACCCUGUUCACGCCGGAAUGCCCCGACGGCCGUGACAUUAUACUCAUAGCCAACGACUUGACUUACUACAUGGGGUCGUUUGGACCCCAGGAAGAUUGGGUCUAUUAUAAGGCCUCGGUGUACGCUAGAGAGUUGAAGAUACCUAGGAUAUACAUAAGCGUAAACUCCGGUGCUCGUAUCGGAGUGGCCGAAGAAGUCAAAUCCGAAUUCAACGUCGCCUGGUUAGACUCCGAGAGACCCGACAGGGGGUUCAAGUAUCUCUACUUGACCCCCGAGUCGUAUUCUAAGCUGGGACCCCUGGGGUCUGUGAAGACUACGCUCAUUGAGGACGAGGGAGAGUCGAGAUAUAAGAUCACUGAUAUUAUUGGCAAAGAAGACGGUCUCGGCGUAGAAUGUCUUCGCGACGCCGGUCUCAUCGCGGGCGAGACUGCGCAGGCGUACGAAGAUAUUGUCACCAUAUCUAUAGUUACCUGCCGAGCUAUCGGUAUCGGCUCUUAUGUUGUCAGAUUAGGCCACCGAGUCAUCCAAGUAGAAUCUUCCUACAUCAUUCUUACCGGUUACGCGGCCCUCAACAAAGUGUUGGGCCGCGCAGUAUACGCGAGUAACAACCAGCUAGGGGGUCAACAAGUCAUGCAUCAUAACGGGGUCUCCCACGCUGUAGCCCCCACGGACUUGGAGGCUGUGAGGACCGCGUUGAGAUGGCUAUCGUUUGUGCCUAAGGACAAACUAAGCAUGGUCCCCAUAAUGCGUCCGUCAGACCCCAUCGACCGUCCCGUGGAGUGGGCCCCCCCCCGCGCGGCACAUGACCCGCGCCUCAUGCUAGCCGGUGACGCGGCUCGGGCGGGCUUCUUCGAUGUCGGCAGCUGGGAUGAGAUCAUGCAGCCUUGGGCUCAGACUGUCAUUACAGGUCGAGCCCGUCUGGGUGGUAUACCAGUAGGAGUGGUGGCCGUGGAGACCAGGACUGUGGAGCUGACUCUACCCGCCGACCCAGCCAACCUGGACUCCGAGGCCAAGACCUUGCAGCAGGCUGGACAGGUGUGGUUCCCCGACUCCGCUUACAAAACGGCUCAAGCCAUCAACGACUUCUCUCGUGAAAACCUACCUAUCAUCAUCUUUGCCAAUUGGAGAGGUUUCAGUGGUGGGCAGAAAGACAUGUACGAACAAAUCCUGAAAUUCGGUGCUGAAAUCGUCCGUGCUUUACGAGGGGCUACAGCCCCCGUCCUAGUAUACAUCCCGCCCGGCGCCGAGCUGCGAGGCGGCGCCUGGGCCGUCGUGGAUCCUUCCGUCAACUCGCUCAGGAUGGAGAUGUAUGCUGAUCCUGACGCCAGAGGAGGUGUGUUAGAAGCAGAGGCUAUAGUCGAGGUGAAGUUCAAGCAGCGGGAUAUUCUCAAAACUAUGCACCGUUUGGACCCUGAACUACAGAGGAUUGGCGCUAGGAUCUCAGAAUUGAAAGAACAAAUUAAGGAAAUAUCAAAGAGUUUGGAUAGAAGAGGUUCCAUUGACGAGAGCCUCAUCAGAACCGACACAGGCAGGGCAGCUGAAACUCGUGUACGCGAAUUAGAAACAGAACUAUUGGCAGCUGAAAAGACAUCGAAAGCGCGCGAAAAGGAACUCAGCCCUAUCUAUCACCAGAUUGCAGUACAAUUCGCGGAACUACACGACACUGCAGAGAGGAUGUUAGAGAAAGGAUGCAUAUUUGACAUAGUCCCCUGGCGUUCAUCUCGCAAACAGCUAUACUGGAGACUGCGACGUCUUCUACGACAGAACGAGCAAGAGAGACGAGUGCAAGCAGCGGCCCGGCCGGGGCCCGCCAUGCAGCAGGGGCCCGCCGCCGCCACGCUGCGCAGGUGGUUCACUGAGGACCGCGGCGAGACACAGUCCCACCAAUGGGAGCACGACAACGAGGCGGUGUGCCGCUGGCUAGAGGCUCAGGCCGGUGACGACAACUCCGUGCUGGAGAGGAACCUCCGAGCCAUACACCAGGAUGCCUUGCUGCAGGCUGUCAAUGAUCUAGUGCUGGAACUCACGCCGUCUCAGCGGUCGGAAUUCAUCAGAAAACUGUCCGCUUUAGAAAUGGAGCAAUAGAUAAAUAUCUAAUAGGUAAUUUUAAUUAACUAGAACGAACAAAUUUACUAGGGUACAUAUAUUUAUUUGUUGGGGCUUCUAGAUGCGAAUUAAGUCUGUAUAAAUAUUUAGAAAAAGAACGAAGAGAUAUUUCUAUUAAUCUUAUUUUUUUCAUAUAAUAUAAAUAGGUGAAGUUGUCAGUUUGCAAUACAUUUAAAAAAACCUAGAACCUCCUUUUUUGUAGUAGGCUAUGAUUUAAAAAUAUGUUAUUUCAUAUUUUUAUAGCAACUCCACUUAAUUUUAAAUACGUUUUAAAUACGGAUAAAAUGAGAUUUCCCGAAAUAUCUCUUUUCUUACUGCAAAAUUUGAAAUAGGCCUAUUUAGGAAGAAAUAAAUCGUUUUGCAAUUCUUUAUAUUUAUAACAGACUCGAGUGUGUUAAGUUCAGAUUUUAUUACAAUUAAGUUUCACAGCCAUACGAAAUAAGUAUAAAUAAAAAGACUUUAGUUUUAAUACUAAUAAUAAAAAACUAUCCUACAUCCAAACAUCUCUCUUAGUCUUCCAUUUUUUAAUUUAAAACUGCCACAGAAAUUCUGCCCAUUUUGAAACAUUUUAAAAGUCUUCAGUAUUAGGUAUUAAAAAAACUUACUCAGUACAUUAUUUCAAUAUGAAAUGUAGACACGUAUCUCUUUUCUAAAGAUCUUUUAGAAAAUAUUUUCAACUCAAUAUAAGUAGAUUUUUUCAUUCUUACUCCGAUUUUACACUGUUAAGCCGCUUUCGUAAAAGAUUACGGAAGUGACUUCCGUAAGUCGUAACAAGUUCAAAGAAAUACUGUACUGUGUGCGACUUACGAGAAAUUAUCGUAAGUUAUUUACGAAAGCUAAUUUCGGGAAAAAAAACUUUGUAAGUAGUGUAAAGUGUAAAGACAGUUUUAGUAAAUAAAAAUACCAACGCAAUUCUGUCUGUAAAAGUUAGUUCAAAUAACAUACGCUAGUUUUUAUUUCGGUAUGUGCAAUAACCUUCGCGAGUGAAACCACGGAAAAAGCUAGUUUUUACCCUGCAAUUGCUACCUACAUUUGUCUGGCUGUGAAACUCAGAAAACAUGACAUUUUUGUACGGAUACCUGUUUUUCUUAUUUAUUUAGAAAAACACCUUUUAAAUAGUUACCUUUUGGUAAGUCAAGAAUUUUGGUUCAAAUACGUUUUACCUUUUGACCGCUGCCGUUUUAGCCAAAUGACUUUAGAUGGCUUGGUAGAGGAAAGUUGAUUUUUAAAGUAGAAUAAAAAUAAGAGAAAGAAUAUAUAAGGAGCUUUGCUUAAUUUGUGAAUGUUGGAAAAAUAAUAUUAAUUUAAAACUUUGUAGUAAUUUACAAAAUAAGGAUAGUAUUUUUUUCUAUCUUUAUAAGCCAUAAAAAUACUCUUACUAAGUACCGUUUAAUAGACGACUCGACACGAAUUUUAAAUUACUAGUUUCAUUUUUGAAAUUAUUAAUUUGGAAUAAAAUUGCACUUUGUAGCUUGGCGGUCAAAAAGUUAAACACAAUGUAUAAAGUAUACAUACAAAGCAUGUAAAAUUGUAUACAUAGUGUGUUAUUGAAGUUGCGAAUGUAAUAAAUAUAUAAAAAUUACAUUUAUUCAGCUAUUGAGGCAUCUGUUUUUAUAUUGGCUGUGUGACACCGACUUUAUACCUGUAAGUUCUUCGGUAAAAAUCUGUAAGUACCUCCGUAAGAUAAUUGCAUAAGCUACUUACGUGACUUACAACCACUUGGGCUGACACCAGUCUUACCAAGGGGUAUCGGGUUGCCCGGGUAACUGGGUUGAGGAGGUCAGAUAGGCAAUCGCUCCUUGUAAAACACUGGUAUCAGCUGCAUUCGGUUAGAUUGGAAGCCGACCCCAACAUAGUUGGGAAAAGGCUCGGGAGAUGAUGACUUACGUGACUUACAAGUGUAAGGCCGGCCUUAAGUUAGUUUGGGAAAUAUGAGAUAAAAUGAAUUACUGCAAUAAAAUAAGAUCUGAAAAAAAAUAUAUAUAUAUAUAUUAAUAUGUACCCGGGUAACUGGGUUGAGGAGGUCAGAUACUCAGUCGCUCCUUGUAAAACACUGGUACUCAGCUGCAUACGGCUAGACUGGAAGCCGACCCCAACAUAGUUGGGAAAAGGCUCGAGAGAUGGCGAAAAAUUACAAAAUACUUUGUGAUUUUUUUAUAUUUAAUUCUGAUAUUUCUCAAACCGCAAAAAUAAUCAUGUUUUAGAAGCAAUAAUUAACUGUGUAUCGUGCUUGUUUUGUUUUUUAUAUAAAAAUGUGUGAAACCUGCAAUAUGUACAAAAAGUACAAUAUAAAUACAUUCCUUACGUUUUGUUGUGUAAUUUUAUGUUUUUUUUCUCUGUGAUCUGUAGUUGGAACUCCAAAAAAACUAGCAUGCGAGGAAGUUUUGUAAAUACUGUCUCAUUACAGAGAAAAGUAGGUAUUAUCAAAAAUUGCUUUAUACCUUUUGUCUCUGAUAUGGAUGUCAAAUAUAAUUUAAACGUGAACCACCUAAUAAAAUAUAGUCUUAAAAAGUACCCAGUUUAGUACUAGGCCUACCUACCGUACCGAAAGAGGUAAUUUUUAGUACCAUGCUUUAUUAUAAGUUGGAUGAAGAAUUUAAGUAAAAAAAAAGAGAGUUUUUAAAAAACUACUUUUAAAAAGAAUGUAUUUAAUGGAGUUUCACCUACAGAUUUUUUUUUUGUUUGUUGCAACACUGAUAAGCUAAAAGCCACAGUUCGAGUAAAUAGUGUGAUUAAUUAUGAAAUCAUUCGUAAACGCGUUAUUUAUUAUUUAAUGUUAUUUACGUUUAAAUGGGACCAAAUAAAUAAAUGGUGUAUAAUUUA